AUGAUAGGUAAAGCUGGUGGCGGAUUCCCGGAGCACGACUUAGUUCCACCGCUCAAAUUCAUCGACUUCGGACGAACAAGAGAAGGAUUUAAAGGCGUCCCCGAUAACGUUCGAUCAGUAAUGAGGAUUAUGGUUAACCUCAUCGCAAGACAACAAGUGAGAAUAUCGGCCUGGAUUACAAAAUACCAAGGGUUCGAGACAAGAGCAACGGAGUUUUUACACCAUGGAAAUGGCGCAAAAUAUCCUACGCUCGACGAUGAUAUUCGCGAUUUCCUAGCUAUAUGCUUAGCAUACGAAGAGUCAGACAGAAUGAGCUUGCGAGAUAUGCUGAGAAUAGCUGAAAAUGCCGUACAGACCAAAACCGCCGCAGUAUUCCCGGGAGAUAGGGGUGAGACUGAUGAGGCGAUUAGAGACUUGAUACAAGAAUUUAUAUAUAAUGCAGAUUCAGAUAUAUAG